CUUCACAGCGAUUUAUGGUACAAUUACACUGUGGAUCAUGAUUUAUCUGUAUUUCGGGACAGCCACAAACACAUUUCUCAUACCAGGGUACUCUUUGUCUUUAUCGAAACUUUCCUGAAGAGACCUCUGUCUGGGUGCAGAUGUUUCAGCCACUCAUAUUCUUCUUUAGAUGUCUUCAGAUGAAGAACCGAGUGUUCCAGUUUUGCCCAAGGACUCGUCAUAUCGGAGCAACUCCGUGUCCUCUGAGCUUCAGGAAGAAUAUGAGGACCUUCUUCAAAAUGCUGUCGUCUCACCAAGAUUUGAGGCCCUUGCUAGUGCUCGCCUCCAGGGAAGGAGCAUCUCCCAUUUGUCUUUAGAGGGUCGCAAUUCACUGAGGAAUUCACAGCAAGUAGCAGACCACGCCAAUGUUAGAUCUUCACCUUUGGCCAUUGAGCACUCCUCCCAUUUUAGAGCUCCACAUGAGAGGCUUGGAUAUGAUUCCGGCAGAGGUAUGGGGAGCUCAGAUGGGCUAUACGAUGCAUUGCAGCCAAACACUGACUGCACUGAAAUGGACCUGUUCAUCUCAGAUGAGAACAUUAUUAAGAUUGAGAACAUUCUAGAUACAUGGACCAGCAAACUGAAGACCAAUGUGCUGAGGGAGCUGAGGAAGUGGAGGGUGGCCUUCAUAGAGCAACACAGGCAAGAGCUGGAGAAAGAGAGGGACAUUCACACAGCCCAGAAAAAUGCCUUGACGGGAGAGCUCAAGAGCCUGAAGGAUCUGCUUAACACCUAUGAGAUUUCUAACAAGAGAAAAGAUGAGGUGAUAAGAAAUCUGAGUCUGGUGUUGGACAGACAAAAAAACAAACUCGAUAAGCUAAAGGUCUUCACCCACUGGAGACUUCAGUAUUUGGAGGCCAAGGAGGAGGCUCACGCUACUCAAAUGGCACGGCAGCACUACCGUUAUCACCUGAAGAGGAAGGUGUGGUUAGCAUGGAACGGCGAAGCCAAGAAAGAAUGGAAGAGCAGGAUGGAACAGGCUUGCCGUGCAAGAGCUCAGGAAGUGUGCGCCCGCCUGGCUGAGGAGUACGAGGCAAAACUAGAAGCGUUGGCUUUAGAACACAACCAGGACCGAGAAAGGGCGCAGGCAGAGAUUCAGAGAAUGCAGCUCGACCGAGAACGCAGAGAAGUAACCAUGAGGAAAGCCUUGAUGAGGGGGGUGUGCGCCCUCAACAUGGAGACUCUCCAACUAUUUAAUGUCACAGAUGGAGGAUCCGAGGAACCUGAUGAGUAUGAUCAUGAAUCACCUCCUGAUGAUGAUCCAGAUCAUGAUCAUGAUCCUGAUCCCGAUCCUGAUUCUGAGUCCAGUUCUGGUACAUCAGGUCAGGUCCAGCCACGUCCUGGCCACAGCCCGGACCAAUUUGACCACCCAAAGUCUCCCACCGUCCAUGAAGACAAGGACAGGAUGGGUUUUGGUGCAUCAGUGCCUGGUGCAGAAUUACCCCUUUCAACUUCAUCCGCAUCGCACACUGCGCCGCACACUUCGGCGCCGCACACUUCGGCGCCGCACACUUCGGCGCCGCACAUAGCAGCAGUGCAUACAGCAGCAGCGCACACAGCAGCGGCUUACAACCUGUUUUCACAAGGGGGCACAGCUGCCUUCCACAAGGCCAGUGGUGGUGUCAUCACACCAGUUCAACAAAAAACACCAAAAGUGUUAACAGCUCGCAUUACUGCCCAACAUGCUGCUGCUAAGGGUAUACGCAGCACCAUGGAGGCAAUGGGUGUGGCUCCGCCCAUGAGCUCCAUCGUAGUAGACCACCACCAUUCUAUAACACAGCAAACUAUCGGUCAGGCGACCGCUGCCAAAUUUCCUCGCUCCUCCCAACAGGCUACCCGCGGCACUGGCGGAAAGACUUCCACCAGAGCACACCCUGGCACAUACCCUCAACCGCAUUGGGAUGAUCCUGGUUGUGCUUCACUGGCUCAAGGCCAGCCAAGUACCAGCCCGGUUCAUUUUGACCGCCCAGAGUCUCCUACCCACCAUGAAGAAGAUGACAUGAUGGGCGUGUGGUGCACCAGUGAUGUUCUUCCUUCUACUUCAGCAGCACACAGCAGCGGUACGUCCCACAAACAGGCCGGUGGGCGUAUUGUCACAGCCAGCCAACAGAAAGCAGCAAAAACUAUAACCGCACGCAUUACAGCGCAACAUGUUCCCAGUAAGAGUACACGAGGCAACCUCCAAGUGAUGGGUGUGGCCCCGUCCAUGAGUUCCAUUGUAGUAGAACGCCAUCAGCCUAUUACACAGCUCAUUGGUGGUCAGUCUGCUGCUUCCAAAUUUCCUCGCUCCUCCCAACACGGUCCCCGUGCCCCCGCUGUUAGGACUUCCUCCAGAGCACACACCAGCAGUUGUAAUGUACACUCUAUCAAAGUGGUAGAAUAACCAUGCACACGCAUAUCUCACAAAGACCAGCAUUUUCUAGAUGGGGGGGUUUUCAAAGUGUAUUAACGGUUAAUCGCUUUCCAGUGAAAAAAAUAUUUUAUUUUGUGGAGUUUUCACUAGAAGUGUGAUGAAAUAUUGAGAAUAUUGAAAUUGAUAGAAAUAUUGAGCAAUAAGAAACAACUUAUCAUGCUCGUGCCAUGUAUUGUAUUGUUGUUUAAAAUUCUUAUUAAAAUAUAGCUGGCAUAUAUCACUGGCAUAAUUGAAUUGAAAAAUAUAUAUGUAUUUUUCUCAAGCUGCUGUACCUCCCGUGAAGUCUUCUUAUGCCUCACACUUUGAAAACCUUUGGUCUAGAUGAAGAAUGAUUCUCUAUGCAAAAGUUUUAUUUAUUGAUAUGUAUGUGAUGUUUGUCUUACUGUUGGUUUCCGUUCUGUUACAUAGAGAAAUGCAUUAUUGCAAAUUUCCCAGUGAUGUUUGCACUGAUCAACAAUGUUCGUGAUGUAAAAAAGCAGCAGGACAGAAUUAGAAAAAAAUACUUUUUUACUUAAAGGGGACCUAUUAUGCCCUUUUCCACUUUUUUUUUUUUUUUACCUACAAUUGUUACAAUGUUUUUCUCAUGUUAGACGAUGCCGAAGCAUGUGGUAGUGACAUUUGCCCAUUUGAAAGUGAUGUCAAUGCGAUCCAGACUUCCUUAUAUGGGCUGCAGACUGCCUGCACUCAGUAAAAGGGGGAUUUACGUGUCCGGAAGUCCUUGGGGGCACUUGCGAGUGUGACCAAUCACAGAGGAGUGGGCGUACCUAGGUGAGGUGCUGGAGUAAAUUAAACAGACUCUUGGGGUCGGAAGCAGGAAGUCCAUGGAAAGAACGACUGCAGAAAGAGGUGCAGAACCUGGAAGAUCUAGAAAGCUUUCUGCGCUGAAAAUGAGCAUUAUAGGUCCCGUUUAAAAUAUUUGCUUUUAUAUUCAGAUAAAAUAUAUGUAAAAUGGAAGAGUAGUCAUUGAAAAGCAGUUUUGUUAGUUACACCAAAGCGCAUCCUCUUUGCACAUUUUGAAAUCAUUUUAAAAAGCUCUUUCUAUAACAUUGUUUCUCAAAAGUGAUGUAAACAUAAUGGCAAUUAAACUUAAUGUCACACCUUCCAUCAUGAAAGCCUGCAGUUCCUGCUGGUGACACUGUCUGAUUCCAUCCGCAUCAGAUCUUGGGACAGAAAAAAGUAAUAAUGCUGUAACUGACAAACAGGAAGCCUAUUGGUACUGUACUGCAUAUUUAUAGACUCAUGUAUAAACCCAUUAAAGAAUAUAUAAAAAUGA